GUCAAUAAUUACUUCGUGACAUUUGAAAACGUCACUACGAAUUACGAUAUUUUUUUUUAUAACUUGAACAGAAAGUUAAUGUAAAUAGAUAUGAAGCGAUUAUAAAAUACAAUAGUUUAUUUUACGAUUUACUUUGAUAUACAACCAGAAUUCAUUAACGCGGUGAAACGUUAAAAGUCAAAACAUGACGCUUUUUUGUUUUCGCCAACUUUCUAGAUCUGUAAGAUGCGCUCAAAUUUCAAUGAUAAACGUUCAACGAACAAUAAGUACUACGCAACCAGCGAGGCUUGGCAUGAUACCGAUUGUCGUGGAACAGACCGGCAGAGGAGAGCGUGCUUAUGAUAUCUAUUCGAGGCUACUUCGGGAGCGAAUAAUUUGUCUUAUGGGACCGAUAAAUGACGACAUUAGUUCCUUAGUUGUUGCCCAGUUGCUGUUUCUUCAAUCUGAAUCUAGUAAAAAACCUGUGCAUCUCUACAUCAACUCACCAGGUGGUAAUGUGACGUCUGGUCUUGGCAUAUAUGAUACUAUGCAAUACAUAACGCCACCAGUAGCUACUUGGUGCGUUGGACAAGCUUGUAGUAUGGCUUCCCUACUUUUAGCUGCUGGAGCUCCAGGUAUGCGACAUGCAUUGCCCAAUUCACGUAUAAUGAUUCACCAACCAUCAGGGGGUGUCAGAGGACAGGCGACAGAUAUUCAAAUACAAGCAGAGGAAAUAUUAAAAUUAAAAUCUCAAAUUAAUAACCUUUAUGUUCGUCAUACAGGGUUAGCUAAAGAAAAAGUGCAAAGUUCGAUGGAACGUGAUUAUUUCAUGUCACCAACUGAAGCUAAAGCUUUUGGUUUAAUUGAUAAUAUUCUAGAACAUCCCCCAUCACAUGCUAUGGAAAGUGAAUGUACAUCGGCAGCCCCAAACCCUAGUGUAACACCUACUACAGAUUAACUAUUUAUUGUAAUAAAUAACUAGGUUUAUUAAUUGUUAUGGGUAUAAUAUAUGCAAGUUAAAUUUUUAUAA